AUGAUCGAAUCAAUUGAAGAGGAAAACGAUGCAUCACAAGAUCGUAGUGAAUUCGAGGAAACAUAUUUCGAUAUUGUAUCCAGGUUCGAUCAAUUGAUAAUCGAGCGCGAGGUUAUGGACGCACCAAGACAAGGACCUCAACAACCGACGAAUAGUUUACGAUUACCAAAAAUCGAACUGCCUACAUUUUCCGGAGGUUACGAGGAAUGGUACACUUUCCACGACACCUUUCAGUCGUUGAUCCACAACGUUCCUACAAUAUCAAGUAUUCAAAAGUUCCACUAUCUUCGAUCCGCACUUCGAGGCGACGCCGCGACGGUCAUACAAUCCCUCGAGGUAUCUGCAGCCAACUAUCAGGAAGCGUGGCAAAUGCUCACAGCUCGAUAUGACAAUAAACGAUUAAUCAUUCAAAAACAUAUUAAAGCAAUUUUUGAGCUAGCUAUCAUCACAAAAGAAAGUCAUGUGGCUCUACGGGCGCUCUGUGACGGCGUUCUAAAGCACGUACGCGCAUUAAGGGCAUUAGGCCGCUCAACCGAUCAAUGGGGAGACUUAUUAGUCUACAUAAUCACAAGCAAACUUGACACCAACACCAACAAGGAAUGGGAGAACAGCCUUUCCGAAGCAGAAUUCCCAACCAUGCAAAAUUUAAUAGAGUUUCUGGAAAGACGAUGCCACACGCUCGAAGUCAUUCAAAAAAGGGCACAACCUGCUAUUACAGCCAACGUUGAUCGAAAUCGACACUCUAGAGUCUCAUCAAAUGUCUCUACGCAAAGAAAGGAGUGUCCCAUUUGCCACGGCGAGCAUCUCGCAUUCGCAUGCGAAACGUUUUUAAAAAUGGCAGUUUACGAUCGCAUAGCUUCGGUCAAAAAUAAUAAAUUAUGCCUCAAUUGCAUCAGGUCAACGACACAUCAAGCUAAAGAUUGUACUUCGGGAGGAUGCAAGAAGUGCAACAAGAAACACAACACCCUGCUGCAUUUGGUGGCCGCUGAGACUACUCGAGAGGCAUCGGACAAGGAAAGGAGCACGGCUAUCAAACCUGCAAAUAAUAAGAUAACUCUCACUUCAUCUUUGUCAUCAGGCACGCCGAUUUGCGAUAGUCUUAAGAAGCACACUUGGUUAUCUACAGCUGUCGUCUGGGUCUUAAAUUAUAAAAACGAAUGGUCAACAUGCAGGGUCUUAUUAGAUGCCGGCUCUGAAGUGAAUUUCGCGACAAGGAAUCUAAGUAAAAAGCUGGGACUCACACGGCACAACGUUAGCGUCCCUGUGGUGGACGUCAACCAGAUUAUUAGCCAACGAAUAACUGAUCCUAUUCCUUCGAUUUCAGCUGGCGAGCACAAUUUUAACAUUCCGCCAAACCUACGUCUCGCCGAUUCAGAUUUUCAUGUCUCAGCAGAUGUGGACCUACUGUUGGGCGCUGAAGUUUUUUGGGACAUUUUGUGUGUCGGCCAAAUCAAAGCCACAAUAGAGCAUCCAGUCCUGCAAAAGACUCUUCUUGGUUGGAUUUUGGGUGGAACGACCGCUCAAUUACAAUUUCGCAACGAGAAUCGCACGUUAUGUCAUUUAAUCACAAAUCAAGAACUCGAUGAAAGCUUAACCAAGUUUUGGGAACGUGAAGAAUGCAAUGAGAGACCCAGACUCACGAGAGAGGAGAAUAGUUGCGAAGAGUACUUUGUCAAAACCACACACAGGACAGCUGACGGUCAGUUCGUCGUACGGCUUCCUUUCAGAAUGGAUAAGAUUGAACAACUGGGAGAUUCAAGGGCAACAGCGUUGAAAAGAUUUCAUGCAAUGGAACGAAAAUUACAGAGAGAUCCUACACUGAGGAAACAAUACGUACAAUUUCUAAGAGAGUAUCAACAACUAGGCCACAUGACGAGAGUUGAACACUCUAAGCUAAGCCAGCCCGGCUAUUAUUUGUCUCACCACCCAGUGCUCAAGGGCACAAGCUUGACAACGAAGCUACGCGUGGUAUUUGACGCCUCUUGCAAAACAUCCACCGGCAUCUCAAUGAACGAUGUUCUCAUGGUAGGGCCUGUAUUGCAGCCUGAUUUGUUGGACAUAUAG